CGAGAUACAUUAACAGAGUGAGUCGCUAUUUUACAAAAGUGCUCCACACUUUACAGAUUGCGCAUCAGCUGUUCACCUAACUUGCACUUUGAACUUGUGCUUGUUUCUUUUUCUAAGUGUGUCAAAGUUUAGUUCUGUAUCUGUUUCAUUCAGAUUCUAAAUCAGAUACUCACAGAACCUGCUGCAGUGUAGAGCUCCUGUGUGCUCUUUGCACCAUUACCAAGUGUUAACUGUUAACCCCACCGGCAAUGAGAGGAUAACUUCGUGCGGCGUUAAUUAGCUAGUGUUGUUGUUGCUCAAAAUAAGCGGACAGGUGUUUGCACCUACAUUGUGUUUCAAAAGUUCACACACAGUGUCUCUCUUGCAAUAAGGCAAGCGAACGAAGCUCUCGUAUCUCAAUAUUUACCAACAUUUACAUUUACAUUUACAUUGUUGCUGAGCGAGAGCGAGUGCGCGCAUACCAAACAUUUUCAUUGAUAAGAACGCAAGUGAAAGUGUCGUCGCAUCGCAUCGCAUCGCGUCGUGUGUCCCAGCACAUCGUGUUUCCCAGUCUAGAGUGCACAAAGUACAAUUCGUUCGGGGCAGUUGGUGUGUGAAGCUGUGAACGCCGGAUGCAGCGCUCGACUCUGUUGCAAAAAUAAUAAUUUAGUUAUUUGCCUUUGGCUUUAAUUUCGUUGCCGCUAUAUUGCCGUAUUGACGCCUUUGAUAAAUGCGCUUGUACGCUUGUUAGCAACUCACACACACACACACAUAUAUAUAUAUAUACACAUACAUAUAUUUCGGUGUGCAAGUGGGCGUAGGUGUAUUUGUUUGUCAUAUCAAUUAACGGUAAAAGCAACGCAGCGUUUCCGGCGCCAUUGUUUUUGUGCUUCCUUGCGCGCGCUUCCCUCUCUGCUGCCCCAACCAAUCUCCGAAACCAACAGCCGACAACAUGACGCAUUGGGAGGACUUUUACAACACGCACCUACCACCCGCUGAUUUCGAGGAUAAUCGCUCGCUACUAAAAGAGUUCUGCGAACGACAUAAUAAACUGCAAAAUCGCAUUGUGCUCGUCACGUCUGGAGGCACCACAGUGCCGUUGGAGCACAAUACGGUGCGCUUUGUGGAUAAUUUUAGUGCUGGCACGCGUGGCUCGGCAAGUGCCGAGUACUUUCUGGAUCACGACUAUGCCGUCAUCUUUAUGCAUCGCCACAAGUCGCUGGAGCCCUUCACGCGCCAUUUUACGGGCCAGCAGUUCUUCGAUAUGCUGGACAUAGCGGACAUUGCGGACGGUCAGAGCUCGACCAUAGCCAUCAAGCCGGACUCGGUGGAUGUGUUUGCGCCCGUGCUGGCCAAAUACAAGAUUGCACGAGAGACCCAAAUGAUACUCUAUGUGAGCUUUACCAGCGUUGUGGACUACAUGUGGCUUCUGCGCGCCGCCUGCGAGUGCCUCGCUGCGUUCGAGGAGCGUGCGGUGUUGUAUUUGGCAGCAGCCGUAUCUGAUUUCUAUAUACCCGAGGACAUGAUGCCCACACACAAAAUGCAGUCGGGCGAUGGUGCACCGACAAUUUCGUUGCAGUUGGUGCCAAAAAUGUUGGCACCCUUGGCCAGUCUCUGGGUGCCGCUGGCCUAUGUGGUGUCGUUUAAGCUGGAAACGGAUGAGAAUCUGCUGAUUGUUAAGGCACGUGACAGCCUUAACAAAUACAAGCAUAAGUUGGUGAUUGCCAAUGUGCUGCAGACACGCAAACAUCGUGUUGUGUUUGUCACGCCCACAGAUUCCUAUGAGGUGCAUUUGAGCCGCGAGCAAGCGCAUCAGGGACUGGAAAUCGAGGAGCCCAUUGUGGCCGAUGUGGUGCAGAAACACAGCGAAUUCAUACUCAGCGCCCAACAGCGUCAAUGACCAAUGUCGAUGCGCCGUCGGCAACAACAACAACAACAACAGCUACAUCAGCAGCAGCUCCAGCUACAACAACAAUUGGAUAGCGAGGACAAUGCUGCCAGCAACACGGACUACUAUGGCGUGACGAGCUCCCAUUAUUGUCGCGCUCUCAAUCCGGGCACGCCAAAUUUCGGCCGCAAAUAUUAAGCAGCUCAUUUGCAUUGCUCUUACCUUAGUAUGUAUGUCUAUAUUUAAUCACAGGCUAUGGCUUCAACUCGUCAGAUCAUAACUUAUGUUGUUUUCGUUUAUUAUGUUUUUACUUUGUUAUGAAUGAAAUUCGUUUGUCUAUAUCAAAUAUGACGUCAGACUAUGUUUAGUUUUUAUUAUGGCAUUACGCAUACGCAGUGUGGGCUUUGGCUAAGCUGAGCUCAUCAAUAAACACUUUUAUAUUCUAAUGCGGGCAGUCCAGCCAAUUAGCCAGUUACACACACACAGAGGCACACACACACGCAUACUCAAGUCGCCACAUAAAAUACAUAUAGACAGACACGCAGCGGCUUCAUGAAAUUGCAAUUUGUUGGCUGGCCCUGGCGGCUGUCAGUUGCAGGCAUUGCGACAAUUGAUUUACUAGUCGUGCAUAGCAACAAAAACCAACAACAGCAUAACAACAACAACAAGAACCGCAAAUUGCGAGUGGGGGCCGCCCUAAUGUCCUUGGCUGUUAAAAUUUAUGGUAGUGUAUGGUGCUUUUAAUACCUUGACGUUUGUCUGCUUUGCAAGCAGGUCAAGUGGCGUCUAAAGGUCAGCUUUGAAUACAACUCAAAGGCAUCUGAAGUUGUGGCAGGUGCCAGUGGCAAAUUAAAUUUUAAUUGCCUUCAAGCAGCAGCAAGCAAAAAAAAAUUAUAACAAGCAGAGCAGCAAAGAAAAACUAAUUAACGCAGCGCCCACAAGGUAACUGCCCCCAACAUAUUUGUGUGUAUGCCUAUGUGUGUGUGUUUGUGUGUGUGUGUUUGUGUGUGUGUAAACACAAAGCAGGAAACGGCACAGACCGUAGACUGUAGUCUCUGGGGGUACUUGGGGUUUGCCUUUUUCGCACAUGUUUAUUGCAUGUUGUGCUACAGCCGCCUUUUAUCUACGGCUUUGGCACCUAAUCUACCUGUGUCAGUGUAUUUGUAUGUGUUAGUGUUGUUUGUAGUUGUAGCUGUGGAGCAGGGGGCGCCUCCACUUCCGGCCACAGUUUGCGGCUUUGUUUCAGCCCCAAAGUAUGCAACUUUUUUUUUUUUGCAGCUACGGCAAUUCACUCUCAGCCACUUUUCUUAGCCCAACUGCUUGUCCAACAAACAAAUGUUAGUGUAUGUGUGUACUUGUAUGUGUAUUCGUAUAUGCAUCAACUUGCUUUUUAUUGCGUUUGCACGUACAGGAUACAAACACAUAAAGCCAGCAUAACAAAUACGAUACACAAAGCUUUAAAACGUUGAAGAGUUUCGUUCAUGAGCUUAUUGGCCUAAUGCAUAAAUAUAAAUUGGCCAAAGAAUCCAAAUUUUUGUGUAGCCUUAUAUAAAUUAUAAAUGUAUGUUAAAGCUUUAAAAUGUCUACAAGCUCAGCAUUGAUGAAAUUUAGCUAAUGCUUUAAGUUUAAAAGCUGCUAACAUUUUCUUUAAUACUGCAUGAGUUUUUAUCGUGCGCAUUGUUUUUAUUGCCCCAAAGGCACACACCCACACACAAAGAAAAAGCUUUUGAUGCAGCGUUCAUGUUUUUGCUGUCCCAUAUUAUUGAUGGCGCAUUUAUAUAUAUACUAAGUACAUAUAUAUAUAUGUAUAUGUAUGUACAAUACAUGCUAUCUACCUAUAUAUACAUAUGUAUACACAGCGGACGCUUGCAAAUCGGAAAUCUCUGUUUCCAGGCGCAAUAAUAAUUUGUGAAAAAUUAUAAUUUAUGCAUACGUGCUUUUAUUUCAAGUUCAGUAAAUGUAUUUUAUAUAGCAAAGCGACAAAUUGUGUUUGCAUUGCUAUUGAUCCGAUUGAUUAACUUAACUCACACUCGUUUAAAACUUGCAAGAGUCUGCGGAAUACAAUAUAUUGCCAUUAUUUGUUUAUAAAUGUUAUAGAUACAAACUAAAAAUUGUACUUGAUAUCCACAGUGGGCAUGUAAAAAUAAAAACACUAAUAUUUUCUUAAGUAGGCUAUACAUGUAUGUAAAUUACAAAUGAACUUUUCAUAUCUAUAUGUUAGGACUGAACUCCAUUUUCUAUAAAAACAUAUUUGUAAGUAAUAUAUUUAUUUGAACGAGAAAGCAAACCAACCAAAUAAAGAUUUUAAGCAAUCCCGUUAGAUAAAUCUACAACAUAACUGAAAAUGAAUGCAGUUAUAUAUAUAAACAAGAGAACAAUACUUAACUCUCUCUCUAUUUCUGUCUAUAUUGGCCUAAAAUUAUAAUUGGCAUGUAUCUAAGUGUAUAAAAAAAUCCCAAACGAACCAAUCCUAUAAAAUUUCGAAAAUUCUGAGCAAUCGGACCAAAGACGCUCUUGAAUUGAGGCGAUAUAAAAUUUGAGGCAAGCAUAUAAGUAUGACUAUGCAUAUAUUGAUAUCAAUUUUCAGAAAUACUUAAAAAAAACAUA